AUGGCUGACAUGACAACAUUGAUAGUUAUCAGUUCCUUUAUCAUGUUCCCAGCUGUGAUGAUGGCACAGGAAGUUGUAAACCAUGGAGGUAAUGACUAAUGACAUCAGGACCAAAAUUUUAUUGCGCACCUGUUUGUAGGCAUUAUGUUUAAGCACCCUGUCGUUGUUUCACAUGCAGAAAGCUGUCAAAAAAUCAUUUUGAAGUAAAAAAAAAGGAAAUAGUGAUUUUUACACAUAAAAAAUGUUCGAUCAAGACUUCAAAACGAGCCAAACGCCUUCGUUCAAGACUGAUCCUCUAUUUUAAAUGAAUUUGUAUGUUAGAAAAUCGUGCUAUUAUUAUUAUUAUUAUUAUUAUUAUUAUUAUUAUUAUCAUCAUCUUCAUUUUUCUAUUGUUUUAAAAUUAUAAUUAUUCCUGUUCCUUAUAUACUACCGUGGCGAAGAUUUAUAAUGGGGAGCUUAUAAAGCAACAACGACGGCGACAGUUACAAAAACGUCAAUAUUGAUAUCUGUAUUGUAACUCUGGUUAUUGACCUGAUUGGUUAAUUAAGUCUCGAUGUGACUGGUCUUGUGUCAGUUAAGCCGUGUUGUUAUUGGCUAUAAAGACUCGGGUCGUUUCUAUCGGUCUUUUGUCACAGUUUAACAGCGACGAUCCAGCGACAGGAAAUGGUAAUGUCAACAAUCACACUUCUUAUUGCUGAAUAUGCGCCAUUUCCAGACGAAACAUAAAAUCGACCGGGACUCUGCAACGCGUAUUACGUAUUCUACAGACUACCAUAACUAGUACUCAUCUUAGAAAGCUGGCUUACUAAAUUAGACCAAAAGCCACUGGAAUCGCAGUCAACAGGCACGGCACAAACGACUUAUGGCAGACUCAAGCAAAACUGACCACGACAGAAGUGACAAUUUGACUAACAAUAAACGACUGUAACAACAAACGACUUUGACUGUGGAGAUGACUACCCGACACAGUCCUAUUCAGGACUACACCCUGACGAUCAUGCUCCACCUACUUAUAGAUUUAUAAUUACUGUUCAUUUAUUGUUUUGCUGUUUCGCAGUUUGUCCCGUUCCGAUGAAUAAAGAAGAAGAGGAGAUAAUUAAAGAGCAGGAAAGAAACAGAGAACAAAUGGAAGAGAUCAUGAAAGAGAUUGAAAUCAGUUGUUUAGGUGAGUGAUAAAAACCAUAGAAUUAAUAAUUAAGUACAAGUAAAAAUAACUUGAGGUCGUUUUUGUUAUACAAAGAACAAUGUAAAUUAUGCAUUUCUGCACCCUUUCUCUUCAUUGGAAGCGUUGUCGCUCGUGGGACAAAAAAAUCCCGCGCGGAUACCGGGGGGGAGGGGGUGAACUCCGGAUUUCAAGGGACAGAUCCUUAGAGCUUUUGUUCCAACGCCUACUCUCCAUUGUAUAUACAACGCUCCUCAUUCAAUCUCAAUUCGAUUAUAGUGAUAUUGUCUGGGGUAAUUGUGGAAAAACUUUGUUUGACAGGCUACAGAAGCUUCACAACCGUGCUGCUCGUGUUCUAACCUUUUCUAGUUAUGAUGCUUAUGCCAACCGCUUAUUUAAACAACUUAAUUGGAAAGACUUAAGCACUCAGGUUCAAAUACAAAGCCCUAAUGGUUCACAAGUCUUUAAAUAAUCUUGUUUCAGGAUAUUUAUCCUCUAAAUUGUUAAACGAUGUGAAACGCGUUACUCCCUAAGGGAAUCUGUUAACAAACUGAGUGGGAACUAACUUCAUGAAGAACAGCUUCAGUGAUAGGGGAGAUUUAUAUGAGAGGGCUAAAUUUUUGACAAUACCAAGUAACUGCACUGAAGCACACGUACCAUCACUGCGUUGUGGCCAGUACCUUAUGCAUGCGCACAACCAUAUCAUCCUAGCAGCGGCAGCUAAUCAGCUUGGCAUAGCCGUUGGAUCAACUAGCAGGAGAUAGCUGGCGUAUCAAAGACCAUUUGAUUGCCGAGGCGAGUGCAGGCACUGGUUUAAGCGCCAGCUCCACCAUAAACAAGUGGUAGCUGUUGGUUGGGAACUGCAAAACAGUUCUCCCACGGCAUGCGUCUUGAGAAGGUAUCAGAAAAAUUGACCUGUGUGCCCAAAUAAAUUUGAAACAAUACCAAUUAACUGCAUUGAAGCACACGUAUCAACUCCGCGGCCGGUAUGGCCCGUACCUUACGCAUGUGCACAACCAUGAGCCCCAAUAAGGGCGAAACAGCUGUCCAUGGCUGCCACUGCCGGGGUGAUAUGCUUGUGCGCAUGCGUAAGGUACUGGUCAUAACGCGGAGUUGGUACGUCUGCUUCGGUGCAGUUAAUUGGUAUUGUUUGUAAAUCUUUAAGUCAUGCAAUUUAAACGAUUGGCUCGUCUGGGGGAGGAGUUUCUGAUCCAUGACACAUAACUAUUCUAAACAUCAAAUCCCCCCGAACACAUUUUUUUCUUAGCAACACUUUUCUUCCAAGGACAUAUUGUUUCUUCCACAUCUCCCAGCCAGCAAAAAUUGGCCUGAAGAACAGAUAUUUUGAGCAACAGAUCCACUGGGUGCCCCUGAGUGUAGCCUAGCAACACCGAUACGAUAGACUGGGGUAACUUUCGCAAAAGAGAACUUCUGUCGGCAAAUUUGAGGAAAAGUUGUUAAACACACUUUUCUAGAUGAGAAUUAUGUGCUGAACACGAAAAUUUUGUUUACCAAGGUUGGUUCCACCAUUUAGACCUUGAAAUCAGCCGUUAAGGUUAGUAUUAAUAAAUUGUGACAUGAAAACGAGGUUGCAUGUUGUAUGAGGAUGCAGAGUACUCUCUAACGGUUAAAAUUCGUUCAGAUCAACAGGUGACUGAUACAACUUAUUACUUACAGUACCUCGCAGAAACCGUCUGAAAAUCACGUGAUUUUUCUAGUCACGUGACCAUUGAAAACGGGGUUAUAGGCUAUUCAGAAUUUUGACAAAUUUGACGGCACAGUCAAAAAAGAAACAAAAUUACCAAUCCAGCAAUUCGCUCCAAUAGUUACAGCAGCUAUAGAAAUUUAAUUUUCAGCUAUUUCCUAAGAUAUUUACAGUAAGUUUGCGAUCUAUAUAUUGCAGACACCUUACUUACAUUUUCAAGUAUUGAAUUUCUAGAUGUUUGCAAAAUCCUUGAAAUAAUUAACAAAAACUGCAUUUUCUUAAAACUACUUUUAACUUUCACGCCCUAACCAUUCUGGAUACAUGCUGUACUUAUAACUAAGAAGGAAGGUCAUAACAUUCGAUUGAUUGCAGCCAUUUUAGAUGCGUCUGAUGUCAGCUUCUGAAACAUAUUUAAGACCUAAAUUGAUAUUGUAAACAUCAGACAUCCUACAGGACGAAAAUUUAAAAAAACCCGUUAUUAGUCCAUAGACAAUUAUAAAACAAGAAUAAAAAUUUGUUAGAGAAGCUAAACGCUUUGUUCUGCUGAACUGUACCAUUUACUGUCCUUGGUUUGCAAUGACAUUACCAUCAACUUCAUUUCUGCAAUUGAGAUCUUCAGUGCUUCUGCAUUUUGAUGCUCCUGUACACGGCAGUCUAACAUUCCGGCAGCUGAACCUAUUUGUUGAACAUCCUGAUUUGCAGCUACAGGUAAUCAUCUCGGUACAGCUUUCGGGUACAGGCUAGGGGCAAGAGUCAUUAACUUAGGCACGAGCUUUCCGUCAUCAGAAUUAGUCCAUCCCAUGGUUUCUGGAAGUGGGAGGGUGGGGUUCGUUUUAUGGGCUUGUCUCCAUAACAUUGCUUGAAAGCGUGCGCUAGUAAUAUGCCAUCAUGCUGCAUCACUUGUGUGGGGAAGUGCCUCUGGGAAUCUGCACCAACCAAACAACGUCGCACGUGCUUUAUCACAUCCCUCUGCAUUAGCAGCAUUGUACACUGCAAAUGAAUUUUUCUUCGGACUUCACAGUCGUGUCAUCCAGGUCUCCAUCUGCAAAACUUUCCAAUAGCGUUUGGUCAUGAGGUGAUGAGCAAAUGCCUUCCAGGCAGUUUUCUUGCUAUGCUUAGCAAAGAAAGAGACCGUAUCACAGCCUGUUAGCGCAUGAAAAGGAAAGAUGGCUUCCCUGUACCCAUCAAAUGCAACAUCUAUCCGGUCAUAGUCCUUUCCACAGACAAGGGCAGCUUUCAAAAAUCUAUCUACGAGAUCGUCGAAUUUGUUACACUCUGAUGGUCUUCCUAGAGCCAUGACUAAUUCUUGACCGGCAAUUACUAUUGUCGAACGUCCUGGGACUGGUGUGACCCGAGGAUGUUCCAUCCCACCCAAGACAGCAGCUCUAUUAUCACGGAUUGAUUUCCAGAUUGUGGCUGACCAUUGGUAUCUGCGAUAGCAAGCGAAACAGAGACUAACUCGUAGCUGAAGCAAAUCUACUCUUCUACCAGCAUCGUACGCUGUAAUGAUGCGCUGGAGGAUCAUUCUGUCAGUUUCGAUAGCGGCAGACUUUUCUCUUUCUUUCUUUUCAGCCUCAUAAGGAGAAACAAAUGUCACGGCUCUACUUUUGGGAAGAGGAUCCCUAAGCUUCUUACAAUUCUCAUCUUCGUUUGGGAUCAUAAGCCUUUCUUUAACAAAAGUGUCCAGUUGUUUCUGGCCGAAGCUGCCUGCUUUCAACAGAGAUUCUCAUCUAUCUGUGUGGUUGCCACGUCCUUAGUAACCAUGUUCUUUAAUCUCUCAAGAACCGUUUCUGCUUGUUGAUUGACGUUGAAGAUGUCAGUUUGCCUGAUGCAGCAACAAGCCACAACAACACUGCGGCACGGUCAUCUUUAGCUAUAUCUAUUGAUCGAGAUAUACUUCGUUAAAAUUAGCAAUUUCACGGAAUGAUACUUGCCCUCAGCCACAAUUUGGUCAUUCACACCUGACACACGCAAGGAAAGGUCGUGGUCACACUUUGCUCCAACAAGUAUCCGCUGACUCAUUUUAAACGUUGUCACUGAGAACAGUAUUUGCUUUUUAAGCAUUGACCCGUCUUAACAAAAAAUACACAGUUCCCAUUCGAUAGAAGAGUUUUUGCUGCGGAGAGCUGAACUUGCAGCCAUUUCUGGCAGUGGAUGGGUAUCCUUCGACGAAUCAAGCGAUUUCCUUAAUCUACUUAAUUAUAUCUUACCCUUAUCAGUCUACUUUGCAUAGCAGCUCUUGUGCCAGCUUAAAUCGUCAGCUUUGUUUUGCUUCGAUUGCCUCCAAUAUCGCGUCUGUUACAUCUGUAUUGUUUGUGUCUCCUAAUUUUCUUUGUUCUUCAGAGGACUCUUUCAGUAACGCAGGCCUUGCUGUAUUGCGUUAAAGAAGAUAUCUUUUUUCGUUUCCUGGCAUAUAAUGCAUUUACUGAAGGAGAGUGUGAGGGCAGAUCUCUUCCAACUUAGCCGCUUCUCCAACAUUAAAAAUCAUGUAAUCCACGAAAACAAUCUUUCCAUGCAACUCUCCAUAAUAAAAGUAACUCGAAUGAGCAGAAUGGUUUUUUGGAAUGAAACGUAGAGCCUGACUUUCGUUUUCUAGCCAGGGCCAAUGCUUCAUGCAUUUAUAUGGGUUUGUUUGGUUUUUUUUUGGCCCAGCAAAAAGGGUUUUUAAAAACAAGUUAUCCAUCCAUCAAAAAUCACAAUGCUGGAGAAGUGACUUGCUUAAAGCUUUACUGUUAAAAAGUACUUAAAAGAUCGACUACAUAAAAUCAUUAAUUAAAUGGAGGAAAACGAAAAAUAAAAUUCAGCGGUUACCUUUCUGUUGAAACAAACAUAUGACACGCUGCACUGACUUUCGUUUCCUAGGCAAAGUCAAAGCUUCAAGCAUUAAAAUGGGUUUACUUAUUUGAUAAUCUUCGUAGCAAAAGAACAUUUUUUACAAGUUUUCCAUCCAUUAACGUUGGGGUAGUGAUUUGUUUUAAGCUAUACAUUGGUAAGAAGAUGGACGAUAUAAAAUCGUUGAAUGAGGGAAACACAACGCAGGAUAAAACUUGGCGCAACCUUUUUGCUGCCAGAUCUAUUUUUGUUUUAAUGCUCGCACCAGAUGUCACUAGUCCUGAUGAAGACCUUUUGUACUAACUGAAAUAUAUUCCUUAUUAAAAAUACCCUUGGCAUAGUUCAUCCUUAAUCAAAACUGGUUUUAUUUAAAAGAAAAUGUUUCCUUCAGAUAGUUAUACGACGAACACACUCGUCAACUUCUUUCACUAGCGUCUCUGAAUUUCCAAAUAACUUUUUUUCAGGCUUCAACCGUCUAUUAGUUUAUUUCAUAACAAAAAAAAAAUUACAGCUAGCUAAUUUGGGGCAAUAAUUUGAGUCAAAUGUGGUUUUGAAAAGCGGGGAAAAUUUUAGCCUCGUUUCCAUGUCCAGAAAUAAGCUCAUUUUUUUCGAGUCAGAUUUUGUGGUUAAAAACUCAAAAUCAAGCUUGGUAAACAAAUUUUUCGUGUUCAGCACGUAAUUUUCAUCUAGAAAAAAGUAUUUACCAACUUUUCCUCGAGUUUGCCGACAGAAGUUUUAUUAGCGGCUUUUUACCAAAAGUUGUCCCAGUCUACGAUGCGUCCUUAGGGGUGCAAAGUUUCUUGAUUGAAGUUUUGAGACUAACGUUCCAAGUCCUUUCACAAACUUGUUUAGUAAAUCACGCAGUGGUUGGUGACAUUGAACGAAGAGUAUUCAUAGAUUAUAAUAAUUUGAACUCAGUUGAACUGUUGCAAAUAAACAACUUAAACAACUCUUGAUCGCCUGAAAACUAACUUUGUCGGUGGAUUACUUUACGUCAAAUUCUUACCUAACUUCCACUUGCCGAUUUGUAGAUGAGUGUCAAACAGGACAACAUAACUGCCAUGAUGAUGCAUACUGCACCAACACCAAGCGUUCCUUCACUUGUACUUGUAAGCCAGGAUAUACUGGGGAUGGUGUCAACUGUGCAGGUAGCAAACCAUACGGAGCUUAAACUAACAGGAUUUCAGCUUCAGUUGUAUUCUAUUCCAUACCAUAAAGAUUAGAGCCAAUCAGAAAGCUGGAAACCGCUUUCAUAUUUAGUCAGUGGUAUGUCUCAGAUCGGUAGUUUCUUGGUGUUGUGGACUGGUGCAGUCACAAAAUGACGUAAUACAAAAGAUUAAAAAGACACUGUACAAUAUCUACACCACAUAACAAUUAUAGCUUACAGAGAAUAGUUUCCCCGUCUCCAAGAAACACCCCACAGGUCGUAUCCACGAUAAAUGUUGGCGUUACAGUCGAACCUGUAUUGAGUGGUCACCCUCGGAGAAUGGCUAAGAGACUGCUUAAUACAGAGUGACCGCCUAAUACAGGUUGCAAGAAAUACAGUUCAAAGAAUUAGAUCUCCAGUGCUGAUCACAACAGACGUUUGACCUCAAAUAGAAACAUUCAUUUCCGGCGUUUUAAUGAUUUGCGAAAAUAAACAGGGAAAUCAAUUGUUGUACCUCGUGUGUUACAUUAUUUGAAACUGUAUGAACACCGUGUGACCGUUUAAUACAAAGUUAAGACAAUAGAAAAAGUCUCGUUGGGACUUCGCAAAUAGUGACCGCGACCGCUUAAUAGAGGUCGAAAUUACAGUACAUCAAGAGAAGUAAUUUUCGGGACUUUGAAAACUGACGGCUUAAUAGAGGGUGACCGCUUAAUAGGGAGCCGCUUAAUACAGUUUCGACUGUAGUUGCAGCCCCCAGAUCCCAGUAGCCUGCAAACAGGCUCACAUGUGCGAGUUCUCGCUGGCCUAGCGUGCUCGAGCCGCGAAAAUUUUCUUUUUCGCAGGCUAAACUCUACCAGCGAAAGCUUUCCAAGUGUGCAACAUGUGAAACAGAGUCGGCGUUAAAAUCGAACGAAGUCAGUUGAUUAUUCAGCAUUACUCUUGAUUGCAGACAUAAACGAGUGUGAGACUGGAAACCACCUCUGUGACAUCUAUGUUUCAAAGUGCAUUAACAAUAAAGGAUCUUACAAGUGUGUUUGCAAAAGUGGAUAUAAAGAUAUGUGUACAGGCAGAGCAGGUAAAUAUACCACCGAGCACUUUAAGAUAUGCUUAUUGAAAUGUAUACUUUAAAAUAUCUUCUUCUUUUCCCUGGUUUGCGUGGGGUGAAUCAGGUUGAAAUGAUAAAAGAAUCGACAAAAUAGGAACGUGUACGGCAUAUUAUGAUGCUUAACAGAUCUACGGUUUGAUAAUUCAGCAUUAACUCUUAAUUUGCAGACAGAAACGAGUGUGAGACGGUAAAACACAACUGUAACGCCAUCAGUUCAUUGUGCCGUAACACUAAAGGAUCCUUUAGGUGUGCUUGCAGGAAAGGGUAUUCCGAACUAACCUUAGUCUGCUACACAGCAGUUUUUUAGUGUCGUCACGCAACGUUCCUCCCCACUAACCCUGGGCUUUGGAAUAGUGGGGAGGAGCGUUGCGUGACGGCACUAAAAACGGCUGUGUAGCAGACUAAAAUAACCUGAGAUCAGGCUCAAUUUUCGUUUCGCUUUGUAAAUAACAUUCCGGCGGGCAAGGCGGUGGCCGUUAGAGAGAAUGUAUGAGAACCGCUAGAAUUGGGCCUGAUCUCAGGUUCAUUCCAAACGUUUACCUGAACAUAUUAAAAUGUACUUAAGCAAUAGACCACACUUUAAAUGGGUUUACCGGCGUGAUAAAACUAUUUUAGUGAGAUAUGUCUUAUCAUAUCUUUGUGGAACCCUUUACUUGGAUCCUUCUGUGUCAUUACACGAGAAAAGCUCGUGUUCUCCCAACAUCCCAAGUGGGUUAUCACGCCGGUAAACCCAUUGAAAGUGUGGUCUCUUGUUUUUAUAAAAUAUAACUGUACGAUUUCUAUGAGUUCCAAUCACAGCGCGCGUACCAUCUUAGUUAUUUCAUAAAGGUAAAUAUACCACUGAGCACUUCAAGAUAUAGGCUCGGGUUUACGUGAAUCAGGUUUAACAGAAAUUGUGUAAUUACGUCAAAAACCCUCGUUUUCUUUUGCUUUGAAAAUUUUGGUUGGUAGAGAUUGAAUUAAAGAGAUCAGAACUAAUAAACUAUGUACGGUGGCCCAUAAGGGACAUCUCGAUAUUUUUCAUUUCCACUUAUAUAAUUUGCGAUUUGACUUACCCUCGAUCAAAGUUAAUAAAUAGCAAUAAAAACUUAUAUCUCUCGAUUUCGACUUAAAACUCGCGAUGGUAAGUUAUAACUCUCGAUCACAACUUAUAACCCGCGAUCGCCACUGAUAACUCGUAAUCCCGACUUACAACUCGCGAUCGCCACUUAUAACUCCCGAUCGCUUCUUACGAUUCGCGAUCGCUACUUAUAACUCGCGAUCACCACUUAUAAUUCGUGAUCGCAACUUACAACUCCCGAUCGCCACUUAGAAGUCGCGAUAGCUACUUAUAGUCGCGAUCGCCAGUUGUAACUCGCGAUCACCAGUUGUAACUCGCGAUCGCCACUUGUAACUCGCGUUCGCCACUUAUAACUCGCGAUCGCUACUUACACGCUAUUUAUAACUCCUCAUUUUAUUAUAUAUUUUCCAUCCACGACCCACAUCGACCCUACACAACCCCAACACGACACUACAUCGACCUUACAUCGAUCCUACAUCGAUCCCCCAUCGGCCCUACACUCAACUUUUUUUUCAACACUGCUUCGAUCAGAAAAGUCACAGCAAAGUAAUUCCGCGUACCAGACAUAACUAAUCGAUGAUCAAUGACAUCAAUUGGUAAUCAAUGAGUAAUCGAUGAGUAAUCAGUUGAUUAGUCAUUGAUUAUUGGCGAUGAUCAAUGAGUAAUCGAAGCCCAAAAAUUUUGUGGCCUAUCGAUUACUCAUCGAUGACAUCGAUUACUCAUUGAUGUAAUUGAUUACUCAUCGAUGACCCAUCGAUUACUCAUCGACUAUUAAACUGCGCACGAAAGACACUUUUCUUGCCUUCUGGUGCCAUUUUUUUUUCGUUUGUCAUUAUUUUAUCUGUGUUAGACGCAUUUUUCCUUGUAUUAUCCGAAGAUCCUGUUGACGAGAGACGCAAAGUGCUAAUCACAAAUAUAGAUGAUUUUCAAUUGUACAAUAUUUCACUUUACCCAACUCUUUAUUUAAUAACAAAACCACUAAACAGUAACCAACCAGUCUGAAAAAUGAAACUAACAUUUACGCUGACAAGAAUCGACUACGUGGUUAUCGAUUUUUUUUUGUGGGUGUUUGUCAGCAAAGUAAGACUACUUUGGCUUAGGGAAACGUCCGUCAUAAGCAGUUACAUAACCAGCUUGAGUAUUGAAUAUUUGCACAAGUUCCGAUUUUUUGGCCUUUGAGCUAAACACGAUUCCUUUAUCUUUUAAGAGUCGUUUUAGAACCGCUAUUGUUAUUUAUGAGUAAUGGAUGAAAUCAAUGACUAAACAAAGCAAUCAAUGUCUAAUCGAUGCAAUCGAUGACUAAUCGAUGACCAAAAAUUUUGUGGCCUAUCGAUUAGUCAUCGAUUACUCAUUGAUCAUGAGCAAUAAUCAAUGACUAAUCAACUGAUUACCUAUUGAUUACUCAUUGAUUUCAUUGAUGUCAUUGAUGUCAUAGAUUAGUUAUGUCUGGCGUGUAAAAACCGCCAUGUCGCAUUGUCCCGAUGGCGGUACUGAAUAUGCGCACGCUCACUUGCUGGAGUACAAAGCCAUCCUCUAACGCGUGAUCGAAAACGAUCGCGAGUUGUAAGAGGCAAUCGCAAGGUUUAAGUAGCGAUCGCGAGUUAUAAGUGGCCAUCGCGAGUUAUAAGUGUCGAUCGCGAAUUGUAAGUGGCGAUCGCGAGAUAUAAGAAUAACUCCGACUUCUGCAACUUUGAUUGAUGUAAUCUAUACUAAUUGUCCAGAUAAAGUUGUGUGUUCGGGGGUUCGUCAUAUCAGUAUUAGCGAUCAUAGCAUAGUUUUUGCGAAAAUUAUCCGUGAAUGGAAUGUCUGGUGGGCACAAUGCUAUAACCUACAGAAACUUUCGAAAAUUUAAUCGGAUAAAUUUUCGGAACGAUAUUGCAUCUCAUUGUUGGGAUAACAUAUACAAUUCAACUGAUCCCAAUGAAAUGUGGCUACAAUGGAAAAGCUCGUUUCUAUCUAUUGUUAAUAAGCAUGCUCCCUUGAGAACAAUGCGUGUUCGCACGCGUAGCUCCCCAUGGAUUACAUCUGAGCUUAAGAAACGAAUGCAUGAUCGGGAUAUUCUAAAGAUUAAAGCAAGUAAAUAGAAUGAUUCAAAUGACUGGUCACUUUUUAAGAAACAACGCAAUAUAGUAAAUAGCGAAAUCAGAUUAGCCAAGCAAGCCUAUUAUCAAAAUAGUUUUAACAAGUAUACGGGCGAUUCUAAAAAGACCUGGCAGACUAUCAAUGAACUUACUUUGCGAAAAUCUGGGAAAAAAUCGGUGACAUCUCUGAAAGUAAAUGGAGUAUCAAUAACAAAUCCAACUGUGCUGUCGAACCAAUUUAAUAAUCACUUUGCUACUAUCGGUCCAGAACUUGCUAGCAAUAUUGAUUCCUCAAAUAGUGAUGGUUAUCAAAAGUACCUCACUGGCACAGAUAAACGGUUUCAGCUCGAUCCGACCAGUACAAAUAAAGUUCUCUCACUUUUGAAUCGUCUAAAUAAGUGAAAGGCAGCUGGCCUUGACAAGAUAUCUGCUAGGCUCAUUCGGGAAUGUGCAGAUCUCAUUUGCAUUCCUAUCCGUGAUAUUUUUAACCAGUCAAUAAGUCAAGGCAUAUUUCCGGAUGACUGGAAAUGCGCAAAGGUCACCCCACUUUUUAAACAAGGCGAUCGGGACGACUUAAAUAAUUAUCGUCCAAUUUCGGUGAUCUCAGUUAUGGCCAAGGUCUUUGAAAGAAUCGUCUAUGAUCAAUUAUAUGCCUACCUAGAAGAGCACAAUAUAAUCUGUAAAUUUCAAUCAGGCUUUCGUGCUAUUCACUCAACUGUCACGGCUCCCCUUGAGGCCACAGACACUUGGGCGUACAAUAUUGACCGCGUUAAAAUCAACGCCGUUGUUUUCUUAGAUCUCAAAAAGGCCUUCGACACAGUUGACCAUGAGAUUCUUUUAUCAAAAUUAAACAAUUACGGCAUAUAUGGUAACGCGCACCAAUGGUUUAAGUCAUAUUUAGAGAAUCGUACUCAAAUGUGCUCCAUCAACGGAUCGCUCUCUCAAAGCUGUUUAUUAAGUUGUGGUGUUCCCCAGGGGACGAGUUUAGGUCCAUUACUAUUUCUGUUAUACAUCAACGAUCUUCCAAACUGUCUUUCAAAUUGUGAGCCGAGGAUGUACGCUGAUGACACCCACCUUACAUACGCAGGUGAUAAUGCAGACAAUAUUCAGUUGCAUCUAAAUCAAGAUUUAGAAAAUGUUCACAAUUGGCUGAGAGCAAAUAAACUUACUCUAAAUAUGACUAAAACCAAAUUUAUGCUUAUCGGAUCUAGGCAGAGGCUAAGUACUCUCACAGAGUCCCCGACAUUUGCAAUUAAUGAUUUUGAAGUUAGCCAGGUCACUACUGCAAAAUCCCUUGGAGUGACCAUCGAUGACAGACUUGAUUGGAGUGGCCAUAUCGAGAAAGUAUUGGGGCCAUAAAACGAAUAAGGCACCUUGUCCCUCAGGCGACCUUACAACUAAUAUAUCAAGCUUUAAUACAGCCACACUUUGAUUAUUGCAACAUUGUUUGGGGAAACUGUGGGAUAACCUUACGGAAUAAGGUUCAAAAGCUACAAAACAGAGCAGCCCGUGUUUUGACCUACUCAAGCUAUGACGUAGAUGCUGGUCACCUUUUCAAACUUCUAGGGUGGAAAAACCUAGCUUGCCAGCAACAAUUUCAAAGAGCUACGAUGGUUUACAGGUCUCUGCACGUGUUGGCUCCAAACUAUCUUAGUUCUAAAUUUGAAAGACGAGAAGUCGCAUAUAACCUAACGGACUCUGAAAAUAAACUCAAUGUUCCAUUACCGAGCACAAACUAUUACAAAAACAGCUUCAGCUAUAGUGGCGCCAUUCUCUGGAACAGUCUUCCUUGUAACUUAAGGGAAGCAGAGUCCCUUGGGCAAUUUAAAUGAUUACUCAAAGAACUGUAAGGCACGGCAUUCGUGGAAAGCAGCUUUUUUAUUUAAAUAUUUUUAUUAUAUUAGUAUUAGGCAUUUUUAAAGCUGACGAAUUUUGUACCGUGGAUAAAUAAAGAUUAUCUAUCUAUCUAUCUAUCUAUCUAUCUAUCUAUCUAUCUAUCUAUCUACCUACCUACCUACCUACCUACCUACCUAUCUAUCUAUCUAUCUAUCUAUCUAUCUAUCUAUCUAUCUAUCUAUAACUGGGGAUUGCGAGUUAUAACUGGCGAUGGCAAGUUUAACUGGCGAUCGCGAGUUAAAAGUGACGAUAGCGGGCUGUAAGUCGCGAUCGCGAGUUACAACUGGCGAUCGCGAAUUUUAAGUGGCGAUCGCGAGUUAUAAGUAGCGAUCGCGAAUCGUAAGUAGUGAUCGGGAGUUAUAAGUGGCGAUCGCGAGUUGUAAGUCGCAAUUACGAGUUAUAAGUGGCGAUCGCGGGUUAUAAGUUGCGAUCGAGAGUUAUAACUUACCAUCGCGAGUUUUAAGUCGAAAUCGAGAGAUGUAAGUUUGUAUUGCUAUUUAUUAACUUUGAUCGAGAGUAAGUCACAUCGCAAAUUAUUAAGUGGAAAUGAAAAAUAUUGAGAUGUCCCUUAUGGGCCACCGUACAACUAACUACUUGAAGAGCGCAAAAUAGCGCGACGUAUGAAAGAAUGAAUGACGGAAUGACGCAUUGUCAAUGAUUUUUUUUUUUACAGGUAGGAUAGAGUCAAGUUGCAAGAAAAUUUAUGAUAAGACCUUGUGAGUACAGUAUAUGUCAAAUUCUUCGUACACGUUCUACGCCGACACACAUGAACUGUCACGUUUUAUGCGAGUGUUACGCAAUGUUUUGUGAUCUAAUGCACCUAUCAAUGGUUUGCCCCAGGGUGGGGGGGCGGGCAACCCACGGGAAAUUUUACAUUUUCAGUUUUCAAAUGUCAAUUCCCCCACCCUUGGGUCUCCAUUUUGAGUCAAAUUCCCAUCUCUGGGGCGAAUUAAAAGGCACUCACAACAGUCUUUAUUGCAGCACUGGGCGUCUCCAGAGAAAAAUAAUUACUUGGUGACAAAAUAAUGGAACCCACAAACUUUGUGUCUUUCCCCAAGUGUAGAAGACAUAUUCUGGCUGGAUAUUUAGUGUGGCUGGCAAUUUAACAGACAUGCUUUCAGCUAUACUCCCGAGAGUACCUUCGAAUUGUUUCACACAGUGUUUACAGCAAUGCAAAAUGUGCAAUGCCAUCCCGAACAAGACAUGCCAUCAUCAAGACGGGUUAAAUGUCUAAGGGCUGAUGUUUUGUACCUGUGGUCCAGAAUUUCAUUUAAUUGGACAUUUUGAGUAUACUAGCAAAUCUAACACAGAAUUCCAGGAAUCGUUCAUGUCUUUUCGUAUGAUUUUUUGAUCUUUCGAUUUAUCAAAAACUUGUGGCAGGGCAGCAUCUGCUGGAAACAUGUAAGUAGAAAGUACUAAAAACGAGAAGUCCAAAGAACUACUGCAAAGCUUACUCAUAACAACGUGUAUCGUUUUUCAUAACAAUAUUUCGGCUGGCCAUACCAGCCUUCUUCAGGUUUACAGAUCUAUAAACCUGAAGAAGGCUGGUAUGGCCAGCCGAAAUAUUGUCAUAAAAAAACAAUACACCUUAAGAAACUACGGUUUUCAUUUCAUAUAAGGGCCUUAUUACACUUGUGGUUCAUCUGUAUUACAUUUGAAAACUUUUACAUUUGGGUCAACUAUCACAUUUCUGGCUUUAAUGGCUUAACUAUCCGUUUUACUGCAGCUUUCCGAGCGGGUACAUAUAAUUCUUUUUUAGGCGGCACCACCCGAUUCAAACAACCUUCGACUCUGCAUUCGGCUGGUGCUACUUUUGUAAUCGUGCGUCUGUCGAGGUAUAUCAAUAGUCCAGUUUCGAGUUCGCUAGGACCGCUGAAUUAAAGAAGUGAAGACGCACUUUUUACAGGAUUUAGCCUCCAUCUGAAUUAAUAUAUUCACAAAUUCCAAAGAGAAAAAGACCUAUUUAUUGCCCUGUCUAUUGUGUAUAUUCACAUUUUAAACACUUACUUGCCGGAAUUUCUGAAUAUUUUACUUGACGUCGAGGCUAACCCUGUAUAAAUGUGCCGUUAAUGUUUGUAUUCAGCAGUAAUUUUUAAUUCGAAACUGGACUAUUGUUCAGUAAGUUUUUCUUUGUUGUAAGGUCGACAUUGCUCCACACCAAGUGUCAGUUUUGUCUGCGACGUGCGAAAGAUUGUCAUAUUCUUGUUUACAUUUAUUCUUUUAAUGUCUCUAAAUCCAAUCGUUUAUUGCAUCUGAUUGAAUAUGAGGACGGUCCUUUACUAAAACAUGCAGAAAAAACAAAUCUUGCUUGAUUUCAUGCAGUACAUGCAGUGCCUCAAAAAUAUACUAGUAUAUAAAUAUCUAUUUACUAGGAUGCGUGAAAACAAAGCCUACUUCCUGAAUGUGGAGUCUAAACUAAUUCCUGUGUACUGUCACAUGGAAGCUGCUGAACUUGGACCAUGCGGAGGAGGUGGAUGGACGCUCGUCAUGAAGACCGAUGGCAAAAAGGUAGCAGCAGCGAUGCAACAAUUUUUGCCCCCGCAGGGAUUUCGACCAGAAGGCGAAAUCCCGAGGAGACACUCUAGUAACUCGCGCGUACAUUAAGGAAAGUACUUACAGUUGGAAUAUACAGUCAGUAUGCCAGAAAAAAUCUCGAGUUGCUUGAACAGGGGCCGCGAGGAAUCGGUAGGUAAUGAAGACGUUUCUAUUGUUUGCGCCCGCAAGUAUGAAAUGGUUAGGAUGACGUAAAGACAGAAAAUCGCGAGGGGGCCGGUUAGGUAGAUUUUGUGACAUUUAUUGUGUAGUCAUACUUCGAUACUCUUUUGCGUUACGUGUUAUCAAUGACAUUCUGUGGAGCAGUUGUUUUGAAAGUUGUGGACCAAAAGACACUCGUUAAGCGCAGAUGAAGUUCUAAGGUGCAUAUAAAUGGAUAUAUGUAUAUGGGGAGUUUGCCAGACACGAGUUCACAAUUUUUUGAUUGGAAACCUUGCCAGACAAUCUUUCUCUCUCUUUGCCGGAAUAAGACUCAGCCCCACCAAGCAAGACGAGUGAACGACGGCUAGCUUAUCACUAGCAGAACGUUGGACGAUUACAGAAAUUCGCCGACAAUCAAAUUCUGUGCUGACUUAUUCCCUGCUCCGGAGGUGUCCUUCCGCUAUAAGAUUUAACAUAAGACUAGAAUGCGCGAGCGUGAAUUGAUCAAACGUCCUUUUAAUUUCUAAGGCUUACUUUCCGGGAAAUAAAAUGAACUGAAUGUAAAAAGUGAAAAAGAAAUAGCGAAAAAUUCAACUUCUAAUUAAAUAUUUUCUUAUGGUUUAGAAUAAACUAUUCUCGAAACUGAGAAUGCUUUGAUCAAAGCUGUGUGAAUCGAGCCGAAACUGGGCAUGGAACCUUGCGUUUCCUGUAUUUAUCUGACCUAUUGUAUGGAAUAUGUGUGAAAAUCUUCAUUAUGAAUCGGUGUAUUUCAAAGACCUACACAAGAGCAAGAAUACUAUUGACCGACAAUAUACAGAACGGGAGCAGCUGUAGUGUCAACUAUUACUAGUAUAGUAUUCAUUGAUAAUAUAUUGCCCGCGUUCAUGAUUGGCUCCAAUCCCUCGACUAAUUCUUCAUAAGCAACCGCCGUUUACCAUAUUUGGAAGAUGUAGGACUGAAUAUACAUGAUCGAUUCUAUGGUAUAUUGCCUGUUAUUAAAAACUGACUCAUUGGAUGAUACAAUUCUAGUGCUCUGAUUGGCUUAGCCAUCGUGGUAUAUGAGCCAUUAUACCAUGCUCUCCAAAUAUGGUAACUGUACGGGUCUGCUCAAAAUUAAAACAAGCUGAAAAUCGGUUGUUUUUACAAAUAAAGUUGGGAAGAAUUCUCGAUACUGUUUUGUGGGCGUUUCUGAUAAAACAAUUAUUCUACUCGCCUUUGUUGGAUAUGAGAUGAUUAUAGCCAUCUCGGCGCUACGCGCCUCUUUGGCUAAUCUACCAUUUCAUAUCCAACGCGCACUCGUGGAAUAAUUGUUAAAUGACUCAUCGAUCAACCUCGAGCAGUUUCCUUUAAACCUACUUUUGAAAUGACUCCUGGGUUCAAACCUUUCACUGUUUUAAACUAUUUUUUGCUAAAAUUGCGACCGAGAAUUCCUAGCAAAUCAGUUUUGCGACAGUUUGCAAUCCUGGACAUAAGUGAACAGCGGAGCUGGUUUUAGGAAAGUAACUAAACAGCUUUUAGACAAUUAGCUGAAAGGAAGCAAACAUACCGUCAGCUUUUGGUUGGGGGUACAGGUAUUGAAAUAUUAAAUUUGGAAAUUGCCAAUCUAUAUUGGACAGCACGGUAUGGGAGAUUGUUGUGUAAACCAUUCCGGCUCAUGUUUAAAAUUAGCUGUUAGGUAAAUUUUAAGCUUUGGUAUGAAUGGAGCAAAGGGCGUGAUUUCAAUCCAGUGCAAUCCUUGGGGGAAGUUUUUUUAAUAGCGCACGAACAAAACGUUUAUUUUCUGAAAGGUUGAUAGUUUCAGAUGAAUUGUUAGUUUUACAAUGAAGGAGCAGAAUGUUUGUACAGAAAUUGAUUUUAUUCAAUUUUUGCCCUUUUUGGCAUAUUUCCUACCAUAAUAAUGUUGCGCAAAAGUGGGUGAUCCCAGAUAGCCCGUGAGGAGAAUCUUGUGUGCCGCUCGCAAAAAUGUUACCGCGAAGGUUUCUUACAAGAAUAGUGCUUUACUGACAAACCACGCGGCUAAUUUGGCUUGAUUUUGGCUGAGUUCCUUUUUAUUUGCGUUUUUAUGAACCGAGACCGAGUUGAGGUCCAUAAAAUCGCGAAAAAGAACCAGCCAAGUAUCCAGUCAUCUUGACCGAAGAUUUGGUGAAUCAAGGAUUUAUUACAUCCCUCUUACCGGGCCAAAAAGGAAAUUGUUUCUCGCAAAGAGCACAGGAUUCGCUUCAUCUUGACGGGUCGUAAAACAGCCAGUCAUAUAAUGUAGCCUCUUCACACUGGCUCACUAGUACACCGACAUGGUGGCCAUUGACCAUCAUCACAGCGAAAUGUUUAGAGGAAUCUCGCCAUGUCACGCCAUUUACCUUGCUGGGGUAUUUAUUACAUUAUUUUAAUUCUUACCAGGCGUUUGAUUGUCUUAGCCUAGAUAUUCUCAAAACUACUUGGGGAGGGGGAGGAGGUUGGAUGUAGUUGACCCCCAGGGCCCAGAAGGCCAAAUUGGAUAGUCUUACAAACUUUUGGAGCAGCAUGUGAAUGCUGUGAUGUCGUGUGAAAAUAGUUUGUUAAUUGACGAUAUAUCAUUCUUUAUCUGUUUAGAAUACCUCUCAUUACGAUUCAAAAUUGUGGACCGACAAGAAGGACCAUAAUCCCUCUGCGGGAAAGACCCUGCUUGAUCAUCAAGAAACAAAAUUACCCACCUACUGGAGCACACCAUUUACUAAGAUCUGCCUCGCUAUGAAGAUCGACCAUCAAGUUAAUUCGAUCGUCAUCAACAAACAAGCCAACUCCUUACACUCCCUGAUCGCUGACGGAAACUACCGUUCGACGUCACUGGGUCGUGACACCUGGAAAAAGCUGAUUGGCCGACAGGCAUCUCUGCAGAGAAAUUGUAAUAAGGAAGGGUUCAAUUCUCGUGGGUUGCACCCGUCCCGCAGCAAAGCAAGAAUAGGUAUCGUAAGUAACGAACAAAACGAGUGUAAUUCCCCUGACUCAACAAUUGGGUUUGGUACUAGUGGUUAUCCUUAUAAGAACAACACCUGUGGAAACAUGGCCGAUUAUCAACCAGACAAUGGUAACAAAAACAUUGAAGCGAUGGGCUACAUCCUGGUGCAAUAA